UUCAAAUAAUUGAUUGAUUUCAGUUUCCUCCAACUACAGAGAAUCGUUAUCCUCCGAUGCGACAUCAUAAUGGCCUGCAAACAACUCGUAUUGGUUUAGAAUUUAAAAUUGACCAUGGUCAUUUUUAUAGAGGAGAAAUCAAGAUUGUAUGCAUGAGUUCAAUCCCCCAGGUGUAUUCUAGUACCAGCGAAGAAUUGGUGAUUGGAGAUCGUGGUUCUUCCAUUAAUCCCUAUCACGUUUACCACUCAGCUCCCGGUCAAAAGGGUCCAGUCAUCGAGAAUAAUUUACCUUACUACCAUGUAGGAGAUUUAGUAAAUAUCACCUGUUCAUCAGCUAAGUCUCCAAUACCUGUACACAUAAGGUGGUUUGUGAAUGAUAUGGAGGCAAAAAUGGAACACCUGAUAAAAUAUUCCACACUUCGUUAUUCAGAUGGAACAGAAGUCUCAAGUUUAGGACUUCGAAUGAAAGUGGAGCAUCAUCAUUUCAAAAAUGACGAACUUCGUCUUAAAUGUACAACGACGCUUUACAGAAUGCUGACGAUGCGAGCUGAAAAGACAUUGUUUAGGUAUAACCAGCAAAAUUCUGGUUUCCAUACAGCAGAAAAUAAAUGUGAAGGGAUUCUUCUUAUUCAGGAGGAGCUAGUGGGUAACUUUGGGAUUGUUGGAUAA